AUGUCUUCAGAACAUCAAAUAACAGAACACUCACAUGAUUCAAUAAUAAAGAAAAAGAAAAGUAUUAAGCCUUUCCACAGAGUUCAUGCACAUAGAAAUCCUCUUGCUGAUAGUCCAUCAACAAAUCCUAUUACACCACAAUCUCUUGAUUGGAAAUUAUAUUUUCCAAAUGGAAAACCAGCAGAAAUGCUUGAUAUUGGAUGUGGAUGGGGAGGAUUAGUUAGGGAGGUAGGAAUAAUUCAAGAGAAAAAUGUUCUUGGAAUGGAAAUUCGAGAUCCAGCAGUUCAAUACGGAUUAGAAAAGAUUCAAACUGCCAGAGAAAAGAAUGAAUUGAUGAAUGUUUGGAUUAUUCAAUGUAAUUGUAUGAAGUAUGUUGACAAUUAUUUUGUUAAAGGUCAAUUAUUGAAAAUAUUUAUAACAUUUCCUGAUCCUCAUUUUAAGAAUUCAGUAAAACGAAGAAGAAUAAUCAACCCACAUUUUGCUGCUAUGUAUGUUUAUCUUUUAAAACCAGGAGAAGGAAUGUUGUAUACAGCAUCUGAUGUAAAAGAACUUUUUGAUUGGAAUACACAAAGUUUGGAUCAACAACCACUAUUAGAACGAAUGCCAGAUAACUAUACUGACGAUUAUUUAAAUAUUGUAAUGUUUAAAACAGAAGAAGCUAAAAAGGUUGAUAGAGAACAAAGACAAAAAUGGGGAGCUUGUUAUAGAAGAAGAAUAGAAGAACCAUUCUAA